GACAGAUUUCUGACCGGACCUACAAGGAGUCGGGAGUGCCGAUCGUUUCGGCAACACGCUGCUAAACCAACCGUUAUCCGUGUGGAAACCAACCGUCUGCUGUGUGGAAACCAGCCUCUUGAAGCAGAGAUGCCCAAGAAGAAAACCGGUGCCCGGAAAAAGGCAGAGAGUCGUAAAGAGCGAGAGAAGCAAACCAGAGCCAAUCGAGAUGUCGUCGAUGUGGCCAAACACCCCUGCAACUUCAACAUGGACUGCGACAAAUGCCAGAGAAAACAGAAGAACAGAGCUUUCUGCUAUUUCUGUAAUUCAGUGCAGAAGCUGCCUAUCUGUGCGCAGUGUGGCAAAACCAAGUGCAUGAAGUCAUCAGAUUGUGUCAUCAAACAUCCCGGGGUCCACACCACUGGAAUGGCCAUGGUGGGAGCAGUAUGUGACUUCUGUGAAGCUUGGGUGUGCCACGGCAGGAAGUGUCUGAGCACUCACUCCUGUGUGUGUCCUCUGACUGAUGCAGACUGCAUAGAGUGUGACCGUGCUGUGUGGGAUCAUGGAGGGCGAAUCUUCCGCUGUUCCUUUUGCGACAACUUCUUGUGUGAGGAUGAUCAAUUUGAGCACCAGGCGAGCUGCCAGGUCCUCCAGGCAGAAACAUACAAAUGCGUUUCUUGUAAUAGACUGGGUCAACACUCCUGCCUGCGCUGUAAGGCCUGUUACUGUGAUGACCACGCCAAGAGUAAGGUCUUCAAGCAGGAGAAAGGCAAAGCCCCACCCUGUCCUAAGUGUGGUCACGAGACCCAGGAGACCAAAGACCUCAGCAUGUCCACUCGCACGCUGAAAUACGGCCGCCAGGCUGGUGCCGACGACGACGACGACGACGGAGCGUCAGGCUACGACGCCUACUGGAAGAACCUGGCAUCUGGAGGCGGCCAUCAGGACAACUAUGCAGAGAAUGAUGACUAUGAGGAAGAUGAUGACGACGACGAUGACGACGACGAUGAUGAUGACGAAGAGGAGGAGGAGGAGGAGGAAGGUGAAGAGGAAAAAGCUGCUGAUUCUGUGGCUGCUCUUAAACUGGACGGGGCUGCCUGAGCUGAGACCGUCACAUCGGUCAUCAUGAGCCUCAGCGGAGGUCGUUGGAUGCAGGAGUCAGGAGGGACGUACUUUAAGAAUUCAACUAAAGCGGGAUCGAUCAUAGUUCAGAUACUUACUCUGAGGAAUAUCAAUGUGUUUCUACAAAACACACUCAAGCAGAUGCACAAGACCUGUACGCAUCAUGUAAACUGUCUCAUAAAACAAUAAAUAAACAUCGUAAAUCGGACCAGACAUUUAAAAGAAUCCCUCGAGACGAGUAGUUUUGUUCUUUGUUGUUACAUUCAGGGCUGGAUUAAUGCUCUUCGGGGACCCGGGGACAGAAUUAGCAUUAGGUAAAUUCCCAUAUCAAAGUUUUCCUUGAAUGAUUUUCAACAAGAAUCUCCUGGAUAACCUAACAAUGCUACACAUUUGUUAUGAUCAUCAGAUGUGAUUAUUUCAACUUUUUGUUUUGGAGAUGUUAUGUUCAGUUUGGUGCGGUAGAUGGCUCUAAAUACUACAAUACCCAUGAGCCUCAGUUGAAUUGUUGCAUCUGUAAACCAAAAAUGUUGCUGUAGCUGCCAAAUUUAUCUAUGACCAGAAAGCUUGAAGUGAAUUUAUUUGUGCUGCAGUUUGGUCAUCAUUUUUAAAAAGUGCUCGUUCUUAGUGGCACAUAACAGAAUUUUAAGGCCAGUGAACAAUUUAUUCUUACAGAAAUGCACCUUGGGAGCCACACUUAACUUCUCUACUUACGUUAGUUAUGAUUACAGGCUUGUAUCUGGGAUUGUUUCUAAUGUAAUUGGUGAUCUUUUGUACUGUUAUGGCUUUACACUUGGGGCCUGAAAUAACCCUACCCAUGUUGCAGCUCAAUGAUUCAUACAAAUUAUAGUAAUAACAAUCAUCGUCAUCUUCCAUCUUAAGCCCUUCAUAAUUUGAGUUGAUAUUGUUACUUUAGUGGAGUACAUCAUAAAAUUGGCAGUUAAUGCGCGUGGUUGGUAAUCCAGCCCUGGUUAGAGUCAAAAAUAAAAAGUUAUAUUCAAGGUGUUUUUACUGCGUAAUAAGUGUUGUUCUGCUAAGCAAUUAUUCUGCAUUUUAUAGUUAUUGGUUUGGGUUUACUCCUCAAUGCAACCCAGAGUUCAUCCAAACAACUUGUCAUGUUUGCCCUGGUCCUUGUAAUCAGCUUCAUCUGUGGAGACACAUUAGUGUUAACGAUGCCAUGGAAUAAUAAAUCAAUAAACCAAA